AUGGCGCACCCAUUCACACCUACCAGGGUGACAGGAAGAAAGUUUCCAGAUGGUAUCUUCUCUUUGAUACUGUGAGUUAUCGCAGCCAUCCGCAGAAAUACCAAUCGCAUUAACAAUCACGAAGGAAACUCGGCCUUCAAACAGCACACCCAAAGAACAAGAUCGCGAAAAAGAAAAACAAUGGGUAAGUCCUCAUUUCCUCCCCCAAACAAAGCGCGUCAACUGACUCGAUCUAGCAGCAGACACAAAAUCCAUCUUCCUCUCGUUGCCAGCAGAGAUCCACCGAGAGAUCCUCGAUCAUCUCGAGGAAAUACCAGCCGUGCUCCUAUCUCUCACCUGCAAGCAGAUGAGAGAAACAUACAAACUACAAUUUCCAACCAAGACGGUCGAUCUGACCGCACAGAUCAAUCUCGUUUGCGGCCACUGCCAAGAAGUGGCGCGCUACCGACUCCACGAGUUCCUCGUCGACUGGAUCCCCAGCGACGUCAAAUACGACGCGAAGAAGAAGCUGUAUGUCAGCAAGCUCUGGACCAAGAGAGCGCGACUACAGCUGGGAAGGUUAAAGGAGCGGGUCGUGGGGGAGUUUAA